UCGGUUGACUUUUCUUUACAUAACUGACAUCUUUAUAUUUGAAAGCUUGCCGUCUGCAGAGGCCUCUCUGUGUGAAGGUAUUUACUGUUCUCUUUCUCCUCUCGGUUACGUGAAUCGAGGGAACCACUCCCCCCUAAUAUGGUGGGUGUGUCUGGCCCGGUUCCCGGAUGUAGGGUGUGGCAAGGUCGCAAUAUGGCGGAUUGCACUUCUAGUCAACAAGGCAGGGGCGAUGAGAAGAGUAUGAAGUCUUCCACUAAAACUCGAAGAAGUCCUAGGAUUCAGAAAAAUGGAAAACAUGUCGAGAAUGAAUCUAGUUUGAAGGAUAUGAGGAAAAGGGACAA